AUGGCGGAAUGUGGCCGACUUGACAGCAGCACCAGCAGACACGCCAUGGAUAAAAGCAUCAUUCUGCCGCCUGACGAGAUAUUCCGCAACUUGGAGAACGCAAAACGGUUCGCCAUAGACAUAGGGGGAUCUCUCACCAAGCUUGCAUACUACUCAACUGUGCAACACAAGGUGGCCAAAGUGCGAUCUUUCGACCACACUACAAAGGAGGCUACCAGUGACGAGCUCUAUGAAAUAUCAGUGCAGGAAGAGGUCACUGCACGGCUGCACUUCAUCAAGUUUGAAAAUGCUUACAUCGAAACAUGCUUGGACUUUGUCAAAGACCACCUGGUCAACACGGACACCAAAGUUAUCAAAGCCACAGGUGGAGGGGCGCACAAGUUCAAAGAACUCAUUGAGAGGAAACUCGGACUCAAAGUGGACAAAGAGGACGAGAUGACCUGUCUCAUCAAGGGCUGUAACUUUGUCCUGAGGAACAUUCCCCACGAGGCGUUCGUGUACGCCAAGCACGCCGACUCAGAGUUCCGCUUUCAGACGACUCAGCCGGACAUCUUCCCUUACCUGCUCGUGAACAUCGGCUCCGGCGUGUCCAUAGUGAAGGUCGAAUCAGAGGACAAAUUUGAGCGAAUAGGAGGAAGCUCAAUAGGCGGAGGGACGUUCUGGGGCCUUGGAGCGCUGCUCACCAAAACAAAGAGAUUUGACGAGUUGCUACAGUUGGCGUCCAAAGGACAGCACACGAGCGUCGAUAUGCUCGUCAAAGACAUCUACGGAGGAUCCUACGGGUCUUUGGGUUUGACUGGAGAUCUUAUUGCGAGCAGUUUCGGAAAGUCUGCUACUGCUGACAAAGGCUUCUCUAAAGAAGACAUGGCCAAGAGCUUACUGCAUAUGAUCAGCAACGACAUCGGGCAGCUGGCCUGUCUGUAUGCCAAACUCCACAACCUGUCCCGGGUUUACUUCGGAGGCUUCUUCAUCCGAGGACACCCUGUCACCAUGCACACCAUCACCUACAGCAUCAACUUCUUCACCAAGGGUGAAGUUCAGGCCUUGUUCCUCAGACAUGAAGGCUAUCUCGGAGCCAUUGGAGCAUUUCUUAAAGGAGCAGAGGAGGACAAUCCAAACCAGUACAGUUGGGGGGAGAACUACGCGGGAAGCUCAGGCCUGAUGAGCGUUUCUCCAGACAUGAACCCGAUGCAACGUGCACGAAGCGGAACGUUUGACAUGUUGGAGAUGGACCGUCUGGAGAGGAAGCUGGUGAAUCUGCCUCUGCUGCAGGACGCCUCGUCUUACAUCCCCGACACCGUGGACCUCACCGAGGACGCUCUGGCCCGCGAGUACUGGCUGUACUGCUUCGAGGAGGCCCUCGACGGGGUGGUUAAAAGAGCCUUAGCGAGUCAGCCCGACAUGCUGGAGGCGGCCGAGCGAGCCGAGAAGUUCCGGCAGAAGUACAGACACAAGCUUCAGACCCUCCGCCACCAGCCUUUUGCUUACGGAUCCCUCACUGUCAGAAGUCUGUUAGACACGAGGGAACACUGUUUAAACGAGUUCAACUUUCCUGAUCCCUACUCUAAGAUUAAACAGAGGGAGAACGACGCGGCUCUCAAGUACUACCAGAAGGCGGUGCAGUCCCUGGACGAGCUGAGCUGGGAGGAGCGACAGUUCGCCCUGGUGAGGGGCGUCCUGGCCGGGAAUGUCUUCGACUGGGGAGCCAAGGCCGUGUCAGACGUCCUCGAGUCUGAUCCCGAGUUUGGCUUUGAGCAGGCUAAACGACAGUUGGAAGAGCGGCCAUGGCUUGUUGAUUCCUAUGACCAGUGGUUUGAGAGACUAAAGGGUCCUCCUCAUAAGUGUGCCUUGUUUUUCGUAGAUAAUAGUGGAGUAGACAUCAUUCUAGGAGUGAUGCCUUUUGUCAGAGAGCUUCUCUCUCGAGGAACGGAGGUUGUGUUGGCCAGCAACUCUGGUCCGGCUCUAAAUGACGUAACGAACGGUGAACUGCAGAUAUUGACCGAAAGCCUCGCUGCUAUGGAUCCAGUGAUUCAGGCUGGUCUGAGCGAGGACAGGUUGACGUUGGUCCAAAGUGGUUCCAGUUCACCCUGCCUGGAUCUGAGUCGUCUGGACAAAGUGCUGGCGAAUGUGGUGCGCGAGCGAAAAACCGACCUGGUGAUCAUCGAGGGGAUGGGCCGAGCCAUUCACACCAACUACUACGCCAUGCUCAGCUGCGAGAGCCUCAAGAUGGCCGUCAUCAAGAACUCGUGGCUGGCCGACCGGCUGGGUGGGAAGCUGUUCAGCGUGGUCUUCAAGUACGAGGUACCGGCGGCCGACGACCACCACUCCGCCGCGCUGACGCCCUCGUGAACGCCGCGGAGUUCGAGCGACCUCAACGGAUGAGCUCUGAAUGUAAGGACAAUGGUCAUAUACUGCUACUAAGGUAAUGAAUGGCAGGGAGGUUUUUUUUUUACAUUUAAUUUUAAAACAUCAAUGAUUGCAGUUGCUUUCUUGCAGGUCAAAUAUCCCGUACGAUCCCUUCGUUUGCUACCAUCAUUACUGCCUAUUGAUCCCAAUCAACAUCUGCAGCUUGUUUUCCAUGCUGAGUCAGCACUGGCUCUGUUUGGUAAACCUCAACAGACUGUUAUGACAGAUGAGAUUAUCAGCUCGUAGAAAAAUCAAUGAAAAGAAAUGCCCUAAUUUUGCAUCAGUCAUCGACUUGCUGCCAACACACAAACGCUGCGUGCACCCAUACAGGUUGGUGUGUGUUAGAGAGCGAGAGAGAGAGAGAGAGAGGGGGAGAGAUAACAGUUUUCAGCUGUAACACUUUUUAAAUAAGUGUAUUUAAUGUGCCUUGAGGCCAAUGUGAUUAACGCGUUAUUCACUCAGAUUGCUUUUAAUUCAUGUCGAAGGUGAAAUACAACACAAAUAUCUACGUUUGUUUUCUCUGCAAUCUCACACCAUAGACAAGGAGGAAUCUCCUGUUUUGCCUUUCUUCUUUUUUUUUUUUUUUUUAUUACUGGCAGUGAAUGAAUUGAGAUUAAGAAAUGAAUCACUGUAGCUGUUCAGGGGGCAUCAGGGAAAAUGUUUGAUCGGUGGGAGAAGAAAACACUUUGUCACUAAGAGCAUAGGUCCUGUCCCUCCACAAGGUGGCAGUAUUCUACUGUGACAUAGGUUAUAAUUGUGUUUUUAUCAUGAUUUUAAAAAGAAUCUUUACCAAGGUGCUUGGUGUGAAAAUGAACACUACGCAUUUCAGGUUGAAUAUUUCGAACCGUCUCCAUGGAUUGACUGUAAUUAACUAUCAUGUACGAGUACACGCUGUAAUCCAUCCCUACAUCGAAAAAAAUGCUGUUUGAAGAGAAUAAUAGCAGCAGAUAGUCGUAAUAAACACCAGACAAACUGUGUGAUUGUGUGAAGUGGCUGAAUGUUUCCGUUACUUCAUCCUAAAUAUCAGAUUUCGAGGCAGGAUGUGAUUUUAAAAAAACAAAAACCCAACAGCCUUGUCUUGGUGUGAAAAUGUUUUUUAAAGUUACAGUUGUUUGGCAUCAGAUUGCAAUAUUGUUUUUGUCAUAUGUACAUACAGUAUGUGAUAUACAAGUGUGCGUAUGUGUGUGUGUAUAUAUGUAUAAAUAUAUACAUUAAAUAAAAGUCAUUUGCAUCACCUCAGUUAAGCACACCAAGCACAACCGUGUGUAUCAUUCUCCUGACAAUCGAUUUUAAUUAA